GGAUUAUUGUUAAUAGUUAAUAGGCAAUCAGACCAUCUAUAUUCAAAGGCUGAAGUCCCCAUUGCCAUAUUCAAUCUCAAAGUUAAAGUGGUUAUCAAGUAAGUAACAGUAAAAGAAUCCAUGGAAGCAACAGUGUAAAACCGUUUCCUUUCUCUCCGCGAGAACAAAUAAACGAAACUUUCAACGAUAAAGAAAAAGCAAUAUCCUCGUGAACGAGAGAGAGAGAGACUUGUCUCCUGCGUGUCUCUAUUUGGACUUCAGCCAUCUGAUCCCUCUCUCUCUCUCUCCUUAAUGCAAUAACGCUCUCUUCUUCUGCAAGAAAAUUCAGUUUGAAACAAAAAGUUAAGGUCUUUGCGAUUGAAAAGAAAAAAAAGAUGACAGGGGCAUCAGGGAGAUUACCGACCUGGAAAGAGAGGGAGAAUAACAAGAGGAGAGAACGGAGAAGAAGAGCUAUAGCUGCAAAGAUAUACUCUGGGCUUCGAGCUCAAGGCAACUAUAAGCUUCCUAAACAUUGUGACAACAACGAGGUCUUGAAAGCUCUUUGCUGUGAGGCUGGUUGGAUCGUUGAAGAAGAUGGUACCACUUAUCGCAAGGGAUGCAAGCCACCUCCAUCUGAGCUUGCAGGGGCCUUAACUAACAUCAGUGCAUGUUCAUCUAUUCAACCAAGUCCACAGUCCUCAUCUUUCCCAAGUCCCGUGCCUUCCUACCAUGCCAGUCCCUCCUCCUCCUUGUGCCCGAGCCCAACUCGUUUCGAUGCAAAUCCCUCAACCUACCUUCUUCCUUUCCUCCGCAACAUUGCAGCCAUCCCUAAUAAUCUCCCUCCUCUUAGAAUAUCCAAUAGUGCUCCUGUAACCCCACCGCUUUCUUCACCAACUUCCAGGGGAUCCCUGCCCAAAGCUGACAGGGAAUCCCUUUCCAAUGCCUCCCUAAAGUCGUUUCGCCACCCGCUUUUCCCUACCUCAGCCCCAUCUAGCCCCACAAGGCGGCAUCACCACACACCGGCCACUAUACCAGAAUGUGAUGAGUCUGAUGCCUCAACUGUGGACUCGGGCGGCUGGGUAAGCUUUCAGACAGUGGCAUCCACCGCAGCAGCAGCAGCUCCUCCUUCACCUACUUUUAAUCUUAUGAAAAGGGUUGUUCAACAGAAUCCUCUCCAGGAUGGUGUCACUGGGCAUGCAGGGGUGACCUGGGGGACAGUAACAGAGAUCGGGAGAGGCGCAGAGUUUGAAUUUGAGAAUGGUAGAGUAAAACCAUGGGAGGGUGAGAAAAUACAUGAGAUUGGAGUGGAUGAUCUGGAACUUACACUAGGAACUAGCAAGACCUGUGCAUAAGCAAUUGCAUUAAGAACUUAACCUUCCUUCAGAAUGUGAGUUCAUUUUGCAUUCUCAAUAUUGCUUGGUUUCUUAAAGAGUUGAUCGCCUUCGCAUUUUGGAGCUCAAGGAAACUUUGCAAGAUCUAAAAAGUUAAGCCUAAUAUUGCAUUUCAUUGCCUGAGAAGGAAUUUACAGGCUACUACAGGAGGACACACCAUGGAUAGUUCAAUAUUCAAGUGGCAUGAAAGAAACACCGAAGCAAUCAAGAAAUUUAGGGGGUUAUAUAUAAUUUGUUCCCCAUUCAAUGUCUAUGUUUGUCGUUUUCUUAUAAUUUCUUCAAUUAUCAUAUGAUUGAUAGGAUUCUGUUUGGUCAGAUUGAGAGAUUAUGUUUGGUUUUGAGUUUGCAAACCAAAGGAUUCAUCUAUGUUGCAGAAAACACAAACCCAGAAUCUGGAAGACAGUAAUUUCUAAGUACUAUUUUUACUUAAAUACUAGUACUAGAUUCAUAUCCUAUACUUAAAUUUUAAAUUUUGGUAUUAUACGGAUGAAUACGUGAUCAAAACCCAACCAAUCU